AUGUUGGAACUGGUUUCCACGCCCAUCCCUGCCCACAACGCUCCUGAGAGCGAGCGCGAGGAGGACGGGAAAUACCUGCGAGGAGGGGAGCCGUGUUGCAACUUGAAGCUCGCCACUUUUCCCCCGGUGCGCGCAGUUGCCUCCGCGCCAAUUCCCAUGCUAGGCGAAGCUUCCGAGGGGACGGACGGCCAAGCGCGCGGGGACGCAGCAAAGUAAGUGGUCCCGAGUUUCUUUUCCAGCCUUCCCCUCCGCCCUCUCAGUUUGGGCGAGUUUCUCUUGAAGGUGCACGGCAGGCAACGGAGGGAGUUUCCAAUUUGCCAAAAUACCAGUUCUCUUUUUGUUCCCGUUCUCUUUUUGAACAGAAGCCGAUGCGCGCCUGGUCAUCUCACAUUCCUCUCCACUGACGCCCUCUUUCUGUCGAUAGGGGGGAAAGGUCUGACUCCGGUUUCUAGUGCUUUUUUGUUUACCCAAGUGUGUAGACAUUCUCAUGGCUCCUAGUUUAAAAUGGAUGUGGUUCCUCUUCCGACGUGAGGAGAAAAUAAAACCGAGGACUCCAAGGAGGCUUUUCUCACUCCAGCCCAUAACGGACGCGGCACAAGCCCUGGAGUUAAUGGUCUUGUAAAAGGGAAGGACGUUGCUUUGUAAGGAAAGGACACCCGGUUGUAUAUCUUAGAGGGACUUGGCAGGACAGGAAAAUAAGAGAGCUAUCCAACAAAGUUUUGACUAGGGCUGUGUUCUUCAACCUUAAGUUCUCAGCUGUUGGUGUACUACAACUCCCAUCAUCCCUGACCAUUGGCUAAAUUGUCUGGGGAAGAUUGGAGUUAUAGUCCAAGAUCAUCUGGGCCCCCAUGGUUGGAGAGACCAAGGAGUAAGGAUAAAGUGAAGAGCUACCACAUGAUGGGAAGGGCAGAGUUGGUGUGAUUUGGUUGUCUCCCUUCUCACCAGAUAAAAAUCAUUCCUGUUUCAAGUGCCACAGUAAUAUUUGAUGUGUUUCAUGUGGAAGAGAAUAGGGUUAAGAAUUCCAGGCUAUUUUCACCUGUGAGGCUAACAUUUGUCUUUUUUUGUUUUUUGUUUAACUGAUCUGGAAGGCAAAUGCAAAACCUACAUGGUUAAUGGUGUACAUUCAGGUUGUAAGGCUACUUGGGAUUAAGUCAUUCAAACAUGGUGGGCUUGCUUUCAGCAUCUGAGUCUAGCUUUCAAGCAGUACUAGUAGAAAGACAGGACUGGUGGAAAGCAACCCUCACCUGUACAUCAGAAAUGAGAGCCCAGUGGAUGAGGCCAAUGGCCCACCUAGUCCAGCAUCCUGUUCUCACAAUGGCCUAACAGAUGUCUUUGGAAAGCAGGCAGGCCCAACCCGAGUGCAAUAACACUGCCCACCUGCGAUUCUUAGGAACUGGUAUUACAGUGCAUUUGUUUUGCUCUUAAAAUCAGAUUCAUCCACCAGCCGCACGACAGGAGCAGAAGCAGAAUUAGUCGCAGAGUUCAACCUCUGUUAAAUCAAUAGUCUCACGAAGGCACUUUUAUUGAGGUUUAGAUAAUUAAAAACCACACAAUUAAUCAACCCAAAAAAUCUUUACUUGGUUGCUAGCAUGCUAACAGCCAUCGAAUUUUGCAGCACAUCAUUUGUUCAUCUAUAACCAGGCUUUGGCAGAUUAACAUUGCAUGACCUCUUAAAUGUGUUGGGCUAUUUUUUGGGGGGGGGUGUUAUUGCUUUGUUUUUGUUUUAUUAUGGAUUUUGUGUUCUUGUUUUGUAUUUUUAUUUUGUGAACCACCCUGGAUCUUCAGAUGAUGGACGGUAUACAGAUGAAAGAAAUAAUAAUAAUAAUUUGUUUUCAUAUUGCGUGAUAGUGGAUAAAUUAACUUCAAUAGUAAAACCCUUAAGGUCAAAUGGGUAGAGCAAUAGAAUGCUUAGAAUGGGGGGUGGGGGCUGGUGUCCUUAAAGUUUUUAGAAAAAUAGCAGUAAUGUAAAACGAAGGCUGGCUGAUGAGAGGCAUACUGUUCAUUCAAACUUGCAGUCCACUUAUUUUUUCUCAAGGUGCCUUAUGUUUUGCAUACCUCAUUUUAAGCCAUUUCUCAAGGCGACUGUACAUCUUACGUGGGCAUUUAUGUACAUGCAUACUUUUAAAUCACAUGUCCCAAAUGUCAUGGAUGCUUGGAGGACACAGUCAUCUGGAAGCUAAACAAGAACUGUGUUAUUUUUCUCAAACACAAAAAACAACACAGCCACAGGAAACACCCAACUCUACCUCCAUCCUGUUUCUUUUCCACCCGACUCUACCCCAGUACAAUUAAGUCUAGUGCCUCCUAGAGAACCGAGGCAAUAUGACACUGUUAUGGUUAUACAAAAGGGCCUGAUUUAUUUAAAUUUUAAAAAAUUGUUUGGAGGACAUCAGUAUGUACCCAAAAUACCCUCUUUUGGGUGUUACAUUAUACCACACUGAACAAGACACAAAAACUAGGGGAGUGUUGGGUGCUGUGCUUUUUCUGCUCCUGGGUUCUUUUAAUAUUUCCCAUAUACAAUAUUUGCUUGCACUUUUAACCUGUAGCUAAUCGAGCCCUUAACAAUGAAUUUCUAUUAUUCAUAUCAAAGAACUAUAUGUAUUAAUGAGAUGAAAUCCCUGAUUCAAAAGGUAAGUUAAUAUGGCUUCAGUGGGGGAAAAAAUGUUUAAGACAGUGAUCUUAGUGUGAUCUCCAUUAAAUUCAAAUGCCUUGAGCAACUUCUCCAUGAGCAGUUUGAUUCAAGAAUACAUUCCCAUUAGACACCUAAGCUUCAAAUAAAACAACGUUGCGUAUUAAAUUUCAGUUCUUUCUUUGAAUUUGUUCCCAUCUGCUAUAAGUGGUCUUUGCAGCUUGAUCACCAGGCAGUAGCCUGUUCUGCAUGCUUACUUGGAAGUGGGUCAUGCUGAUUUCAGUAGGCCCCACUUCCUACUGGAGCCUUACAGCACGUUCUUGUGCAUGUUUAUAAAGAAGUCCCUCUGUAUCCACUGUGUUUAUUCCCAAGCAAGUCUCCUUAGAAUUGAAGCCAUAAUAUCUUAAGCUUUUAACGUAUAUGGAUACCUGUCUCUAACAAAAUCUGAUUACAUUUGUUCUCCCUUUUUGUAUAAAUGGUAGAUAAUGUAUUAAUAUACAUGUUUAAAUAUAGGGCAGUAGGUCUUUUGCAUCAGAGUUUUUGAUACUUUCCUUGCUUUAAACCAGUGGUUUUCAACACUGUGCCGUGGCACCCUGGGGCGCCUUGAAUGAUGGUCAGGGGUCCCGCGGGCAACACAGGCAUGUGUCAUUCCCGCUUUCCUUCCCUCCCUCCUCUGAUGCCCUCUCACAACUCUGUCUGCCAAAGGCUUGCAUAACUGUGUGUUGCAGAAGCCCUGGUUCCAAGCUCCCCAGGCGAAUGGUGCCUCUGGGGCUGGUCAGGGGGUGCUGGUUGCCAGAAGCUGAGGCAUCCUCAGAAUAAGCAAGGAAGCAAGCAGGCGAGGGAGGCCAGCCAGCCCUUGCUGUUGGGAAUGGACACACAAGUCCCAGGCCCUUGUGGGGCAGUGUGAGAAGGCACCUCUUUUUGGGGUGAAAGGGGGGCAACUGAGAGACCAGGGGCAGCAGCAGCAGCUGCCCAAAGGUCUCCCAAGGAGAGGGGAGAGGGGAGGAGGCUGAGGAAACACUCCACAAGGGAGGGUGUCUGAAAAAGGGUGAGAGGCUGGCAGCUUUGCAUGCAAGGGGUGACAUAACUGGGCUCCUGAGCCCCACAAGGGGGGCACAGAAAGAAUGUACUUGGUCAAGGGAGCCGUGGACUCAAAAAGUUAAACCUCUGCUUUAAACAGAUAUUACUAAUCUGUUUGUUUUGUUUUAGAGAUAUUUUUUAAUGACCUAUAUUAUAAAGAACUGUUUCUCUUUUUUCAAUAACAAAUUAUGAAGAAAGACAGUAGGGAUGAAAUAACACUUAAUAGUUGUGGUACAUUAGUAUUGGUGUUAUAUAGUAAUUAACUCAACAGUGCCAUAGGUGUGGGUAGGUCUUAGUAGACAUUUAUUUGUUGUGUUAUUAAUGGCAUUCUUGUGCAACAGUGUCUGGAACAGUUAUUGUUUCUUAAUGAAGCAUUGUUUUAGCAAGACUCAUAAUGUCCUAAUUGGGUGGGGUAUUAUGUUUCAGAAGGGGAUUUGAGAACGUGCUAAUCUGUGUGGAUCACUUACAACUGCUGCUUUUCUUGUUUGGUCUUUCGUGAAGAAUAGGAGGGGAUUUUCCGAGGUGUGGGUUUUGGAACAAAACAGGUGUGCUGUAAAUCAGUUUUAACAGGGAUGCAUACAUUUGUUUUCUGAUCAAAACAAUGGUGUUCGUCUCUGACCCUGUGAAAAAGUCCAAGUUUAUUUACUAUGACCAUUGAUCCAGCUAUAAAAGUACUUAUUGGUUCCGUUCAGCUUCUUCCAGGGAUCAGCUACAAUGCCAAAAGUUAAAAGACACUGCAAUUUAACAUUUUGAUUUUCUAUAGAGGAUUUGUGUGUGCGUGUGUAUGGGUUUAAUUAUUAUUAUUCCCGUAAAGCAGAUGGGAUACUAGCCUGAGACCUAGUAACUUGCCUAAGGCCACUGAUGAGCUGUUGCUUCCAGCUGUUCCACACACCUCCCAGAACCCAAAGAGGUGGCAAAUGUUUUUAUUGAACUGUUUUAUAAUGCAGCUGUGCUCUGUAGUUUCCAUUUCAUUCAUUAUUGACACUUCUGGAGCCUGUACUGAUGAGUGCCUUAGAAAUGACUGGUAGAUUGGGUCUAAGCAUAACUUGAUUUUGUUGGAUUUUUGUUGUACUGUAUACUGUUUUGGGCAGUAGAAUCUUCAGCUAAUUUAGUUAAUGAUCCAUAAAUAACCAACACCAAUCUAUGAGGAAACUGUUGGAUUUAAUUUAGUGAUUUUAAUAACUGUCAUGUAAUUAAUUUUUCUUCACAUCCCAGUUUUUAACCACAUGCAGUAUAAUGUGGGUAACACAUCUGCCUACCAGAUAAUGUGUGUGGGAUUGCUGCCUUAAACGUAUACAAAUGCGAUUCAUUUACAUCUAUAUUAAUAUCUGCUUGCUUUUUGUAUUCUGUGCACAUUGCUUAUUAUGGGGUGUGAGGCACAAAAUACAGCCAUCGGUUUGCACAGAUCUGUUCAUAAGCUAAAACAUUUGUGUAUUCAAUUGCUAAUAGAUAAGCUGAUGUUUUUGAGGAUCUGUUUGAUGUCAGUAAUGGUCUCUAUAGAGUCUAUACCAAACCAAAGUGACGUGAAAUUUAAGUUUGCUAGAACUGUAUUCUGUGUAAGAAACAUUUACUUCUCACACUUAUAGCACAACUUUCCCCCAAUAAGAUAAGAGUGGCAUUUCCCCCUGUGAAGUAGGAUAGUCUUGAAUGUGUGUAACUGGCCAAGGAUUACUUUAGCAAGCUUCAUGGCUGAGCAGAGAUUUAAAUUAGUUCCACCCAGUGCACAUCUGUCUAGGCCCUAUGUUACACUCUCUCUAACCACUGAAAAACCACACUGGUAUUAAAUCUGAAUUUUCAGCCUGGGUAAAGUAAUAAUUCUAUUUUCCUACACUUUCUCACUAGGUUCUGUCUAGGGCUGGGUAAUAUAUCAAUAUAUCAUCCAAAACUGGUUUGAAGUCCAUAUGGUGUUACUGGUUUCGGAGUUUUGGACCUGGCAAUACAUCGCGAAUAAUGAUGUGUAUUUCAGCUGGGCGAUAUUAUCGUCCAAAUCUGGUUUCAAGCCCAUAUCAUGAUAAUUGGUUUCAUGAUGUUUGUUUGUUUGUGUGUGUGUGUGUUAUGUAAAAAUCACAAUGUGAGAAAAAACAUGAAGCCAAUCAAUGCCUCUACAUAGCUCCAUCCGUAUUUCAGACAUUGUGAUAUAUAUCACAAUGUUUAGCUGGUGAUAUAUCGUGAUGUUGAAAACCAGAAUAUCGCCCAGUCCUAGUUCUAUCAUAAAGACUACUAGUAGCUCUUCUCUCCUACAAAUGCACACUCUUAAGGACAGUGGUGGGGUACCUGUGGCCUGCCAAAUGUUGCCAAGCUCGCUUCCCAUCAUCCUUGACCCACUGGCCAUGUUGGCUGAGGCUGAUGAGAUUUGGAGUCCAGCAGCACCUGGGGGGGGGGCACAGAUUAUUACUCGUGGUUGUAGAUGGAUCUGUACUAAACUGAGCUGAGUGUUCUUAUAGUUGAUUGCACCAUUGACCAAGAACAUAAGAAGAGCCUACUAGAUCAGGCCAGUGGUUCAUCCAAUCUAGCAUCCUGUUCUCGCAUUGGCCAAAUAAAUGCCUAUGAGAGGCCAGCUGGGAAGACCUGAGUCCAACAGCACUAUUCCCACUUGUGAUUCCCAGAUUAUUAAUAGAUAAACAUGUUGGUAGGUGGGAGCAGGAUUGGGGAAAAGGUAAAUUCCAACUAAUCUACAAGUGUCCUCACGGAAUCUGUGAAGAACUGGAAUAAUGACCAAAAGAAACUCUCAGUUUGAUGUUUUGUAUUUUGUUUUUGAAAAAGGACUGUCUCACUGUGGUUAGAGAUUUUGUGGCUGGUGAACAAAUUGAAAGUUAAUCCAGAGAAAACUGAUGAUGUGAUACUACAGUGCCUGCCAUGUUAGGCUGUGUUUAUUUAAGAUAUCUUUGUACUGUCUUUCAAAGCCAAAGGUACUCUCAGGGUAAUUUAAAUAAUAAAAAGUUAAAACAUAAAGCAAUUAACCAUGCCACAUAACGCCGUAGUGAAAGCACCAGUUUUAUUCAGUUAGAAGCAACUUGGAACAGCCAGGUAAACAAGGUCCAUUUCCCAUCAUCCCUGACCACUGGUCCUGUUAGCUAGGGAUGAUGGGAGUUGUAGUCCCAAAAACAUCUGAAGGGCCAAGUUUGGGGGUGCCUGAUUUAAUAUAUCAACAGUGAAAUUAAGUACCCAAUACUAAACACAUUUUAAGAUGACAUUAGUGUAAAAUAUGUGCUGACACUGGCUUUGAGGAAGAAAUAUCUUCAUUUGCUUUUGGGUUUUAUUGCUAGAAGAGACUUUAGAAGAGUUUCAUGUUAAGUAGAAAAUAUUUCUCAGCUUUGUAAAAAAACAAAACAAAAACGAGACGGAAGAGAGAGAAAAUCAUUAAACUCCAUCAAAUUUGGCUUGGGGAGAAGAGAGGUGGCUCUUCUUGUGUGGCCUUUACAGAAACCAGCACUUCUGUAAUUGAAAGUGCUGAAGUCUUAGCUUGUUGCUAGUCUCUCCAGUUAAUUGGGAUGCAGAUCUUAAAUCUACAGCUAAAGCUUUUCCCUGGGUGAGUUAUCUUCAUAAACUGCCAUUCUGAACCUAGCCCACCCAAGAUGUCAAACAAUAUAAAGGCUAAAAGCAAAUAAUAAUAAUAAUAAUAAAUUUCAAAAGCUGAAUGAACAAACAGUUGAUUAAAAUAAAACUCAACCUGUAUAAUUAUAGUAAUAAGUAAAAAAAAAAAAGCAGCAAUUGUCAUAUACAAUACAAUGUGCUCAGAUCAUUCUAACCAGUCAAUGCAUAUUAAUAAAAAAUACCUUUACCCCAUGUCUUCUACAAGAGGGUCUUUAGUAUUUAAGCACUCAGCUUGCCAUGCAUGUAACAAUUUGGUUUCUUCAACCUGCAGAACUUGCACUUCUGCAAGUACCCCACAUAAGGUCUAUUUCUGAGGAAUCUAUUGCUAUGUUCUGGAACUCCCUACCAAUUUAAAUCAGCCAGAAAUCCUGGCUAUAUUGUUUUAGGUGCCUGUUGAACACUCUUUUUUAUUUAUUUUUGUUCCGCCAAGUCUACCCAGACACAUAUAUUAUUGGAUAUUUGCUUUUUAUUGGUUUGUGGAAUUUCUUUACAGUUUUAUUUGUGCCCUUCUUGGAGUGACCCUUUGAUCAAGUGGUACAGAGAUUCUCUACAUGAGUAGGGUUUGGCUAGGCUUUGACUGCAGGCUGCAUGUAUCUCAGAAGGGAGGAAAGUGAUGGUCGUUAAGAAGAUGCUUUCAGGGCAAGAGGGUUCAUAAGAGAAUGAAUCAUAAGGGAAUUCUGCUGGGGCCUUUCAAUAUGGGAAUACGAAGAUUAUAGAUUGAGUUAUAUAUAUGCAAAACAGUUCCUAGUAUUUGAAUCAGUCAAAGCUUGCUCUUGGGUCCCAUGGGUGCUUCACGGGGAAAAUGUUCUAAGCCAGUGGUUGCUGCAGUGACUACUGGACUUGAGCUGUCCUUCUUGGCUACUUGUAUGUUGGUAGAAGGAAGUGCUAUCUUGAGAGUGUCCUGCAUGUACAGUGGUACCUUGGAUUACAGACGCUUCAGGUUACAGACUCCGCUAACCCAGAAAUAGUACCUCAGGUUAAGAACUUUGCUUCAGGAUGAGAACAGAAAUUGAGCGGCGGCAGCAGCGGGAGACCCCAUUAGCUAAAGUGGUACCUCAGGUUAAGAACAGUUUCAGAUUAAGAACGGACCUCCAGAACAAAUUAAGUACUUAACCCGAGGUACCACUGUAUCUUGGUAUUCCACUGAAAGAUGGCAGCUCUGUUAAAUUACCAAAACUAAUUGGUCCUCCACAAGCACUGGAUCUCAUUCUCAAUGGGUGCACAAGACUAGCCAAUCAGAUAAUUCCCAAUGGCCAAGGUAUGCAUUUACUAAUGUGCCAGAUCAUUAGCAGAAGGAUUUAAAAGCUCAGCCAAACGGACCUCACAGGAUUGUUGUGAGGAUAAAAUGGGGAGAGGCUGAACCAGGUACACUACCUUGAGCUCCUUUGAGGAAAGGUAUAUACAAGAUUUAUACAGGAAAUAAAUCAAAAGAGACCAGCAUGAUCAGCGAUUUGUAUAUGUUUAGUAACAAAUGUAGCACAGUGUUAUUUUCUAUGCAUUUCUCUUUCUCAGCAAUUAAUUUAUCAAGUGUAUUGUCAUCAUAAGGGGUGGAUGUGGGUGUGGCUAUGUGUGGAGUGAUAGAGAAAGUUGUAGCCAACAAGGUUGUCCUGUUGGCACUUGUUCAACAGAACUUCCUCUCCCUGCUUCAAAGGCAAAUCACACGAAUGUAGACUAUUUCUUAAACUCUAUAAAAGAUUAGCAAUGAAUGUAGGUUUUACAUUGAACCCUAAUUGGUAUCUCUUCCUGUGGCAAUACUGAGUGGCUUUUGCUUGUAAUGCAAGACUUAAUGAACAAGUUUUGAUAUCGCUACAGAUAUAUGUUGCUGCUUUCGAGAGCAAUCAGGGUGGAUACCUGUAACCACUUUGCUGAUUCAGUGUCUGAUACAAGGUGUGGGAGAAAAGCAGUUCUUAAGCGUUUCUCUGCUAAUUAGUCAUGGACGAGAUGUAGGGUUGUUGUGGAGGCAAGCAGAAAAUGGAUUAGAUCAGCAUGGGAAAAGAAAGAGGAAUGUAGUAAACUCAAGGGCACGUUCUAGGGAGCAGUGGAUGAGUUGUAUCUCCUUUCUAUAAACUGUGUGCAGGAGGCAUGAGAGGUGGAAAGUGUUUGAAAAGGAGAAGGCAAGGAUGGGUUUUUACAAUGCUAUUCUGUGCAAAUUUAUGUAGAAGUUCUGUUGAGUUCAGUGUGAAAAAAUCACAGAGAAGUAUACAUUCAGGUGCUCUUAAAUCCAGCCCAUAAGACAAGAUGAGUCAGUCACCUCAAGCCGCAGAUGUGGUGACUGAGGAGUAUAUCACUUGUAGCUCUCUGGUCUUCUUUUAUUGGUGGUGUCAAACGGCAAAAUGUCCUGGCUGGCCCUGUCUAUAUCUAUUGUUUAGGGACCAGCAAUAACCCUGAGGGACUUCACAGGGAAUAUCAUGGAUUAACGACAAGCACCUUCCUGUCUUAAUUUUCUGGAAUCUCUGCACCAAAUGUUUCUUAACAUACCUGUGAAGUCUCAUGACACUGUCAUGCACAUUUCAGCCACAUUAAAUGCCACAACUGGGUCAAAAGGGUACAGUUAUACUUCCUUAUCAGUCUCUAGGUUAAGAUUGACAGCCGCUGCCAUCUCAGACCACACCACUCCCCAAACCAGGCUGGCAGAGGUCUGGAAAGUUUGAUGAGACCUGGGUGUGUCAGUAGCUGGAAGGCAAUUGCUCAUGCUGCAGACUCGCAGGUGGCAAUAUAGUUCUCCUUGUUCCCAGCCAUCCUACCCAUUCUCUUGUAAUAAAGUAUCUCUGUCUCCAUUAACCAUUUCUAAAACACCUUGUCUAUUUUGUGUCCUGCCUCAUCAGACGGGCAUCAAGUGCCACUGCAGUUCUAGACAUUAACUGGAUGCCAUCUACUAUUACUUGCAGCCAUUGCUAACUGUUUGAAUGCCUUCAAGCUAGUCUUCUAAGAAGCAGGUGAUUAGGGUGAUGGGAGAUGAGGCUGGACAGGACAGUAAUGGAACCAACUUAGAUCUGUGAAGUGGCCUUGAUGAACAUUAUAAUCAAAUGAUGAUAAACUCGUAAUAAGACAACAAUGAUGGUUGCAAUGUGCAUGUGUUAAAAGCGCCAUCAGUGAGAGACUAAAAUGGUCAGUCUGUCCAUGAUAUGCUCUCAGUCACUGUGCAAAAAAGAAAAUGUUUAAAAUGACAUUUGUAAAAAAACACACACCAGAAGCAUUUUUGUUAGGGAUUGUAGGACAAGACCUGCCAAGGAAAACAAAGAACUUAUUUAUGUAUGCUACAACAGCAGCAAGAGUCUUAAUAGCACAAGGAUGGAAGAAUGAGGAAACCCCGACAAAAGAACAGUGGCAAGAGAAUUUGAUGAACUAUGCAGAACUGGCUAAAUUGACAUAUAAACAGUGAGACAAGGACAACUGUGACUUUAAGGAAGAAUGGGAACUUUUCAUAAAUUAUUUAAAAAGAGAAAAUGAAUUGGACUCCUUGGCAGGUUUUGAAUAAACAUACACAAAUUUAUUGGUUGAUAACGUGGUAGAUAAAUAAUGUAAGGAUCUGUGUAAUUUUAUAACAGCAGAUAAUAAUAUGUGCUGAAAAAUCAGAGAGAGGAGCUGAGGAAAGUCUCGGGGGAGGGUUUGAUGGGCGGGGAAGGGAGGAAAUAAUGAAUAUGAUAUGUUUUGAUAUUUUGGUAUGUUGAAAUUGCUAAUAAAAACAUUUAAAAAGAAAAAGAAAUGUGAUGAUAAAACAAGGGAGGUCUUUUCUCUCGCUUGGCUUCAUAUUAUAUCUUUACAGUGCUUAAAAUAAUGUAAAUAUUGUUGCACACACUAUUGACUGUUGUUUGUUUCUGUUUUGUUCUCAGAUACAUCCCAUAG